AAUAAACAUGUGUCGUGUUAAUAUUUUUUUUUUCGGUUUUGUGAUCUCGCCCUCAAUUUGGGACUAAUUUAACUAGAGUUAAUACUCAUAACCAUUUGGAUAAGUUACCGGCCGGCGGUAGUUUUAGUUAUAAUAAAUUAGUCUUCUGAUAAAAAAAACUAAAGUUAUAAGUAUUUAAAAUUUUAGUGUUUACUUAUAGGUUUAUCUAUAAUGUUGUUAUUCUGCAAAUUUCGUAUGUAUUGUACCUGCCUUCACAUCACUGAAUAUAGCUCAACAACAAAAUAAACAAUUCAGUGAGACAUUCAGUUCAUUCCGUGUUAGUACCUAUUGAUAAGAGACAGUCGUAGUUGUUCAUACUCGUGUUUAAUAAUACCUUCAAUAAACAAGGGUAUUCACGUCAAAUAGUCUAGACUAUGUUGAUAUUUACGUAGAUGGAUUUAACUUUCUUCUUCUAUAAAAAAUAAAACAUGAGUGAGAAAAAUAAUAGAAAAGUGCAAUAUUUGGCUGGCCUCUGUGCAUCAUUGACAUUCACGUUUACUGGUGCCACGCUGGGAUGGGCCUCUCCCGCAAUUCCAAAGUUCAAAAGCGGCGAAGCUAAUUUAGAAAUUACUGAUGCGCAAACAUCAUGGGUAGUGUCACUGCUGUCUGUGGGUGCGCUAUUUGGUUGCUAUAUGGGCCAAGUACUGAACGAGAGCGUUGGCCGACGCCGCACUAUACUAAUCUCAGCUGUUCCUGGUCUUCUGGGAGCGAUUAUAAUAUUAUUAACAAAAUGGCCAGAACUCAUGUAUGUGGGGAGAUUCAUGUAUGGCUUAACAACUGGCAGUCUGGCUGUGGUAGUAAUGAUUUAUGUAACAGAGAUAGCAGAUAAAGAGAUAAGAGGUGCCCUCGGAAUGUUAAUUCAAGUCAUGAACAACUUAGGAGGUCUCAUUAUGUACGGAGUAGGACCAUUCGUGUCUUAUACAGUACUAAAUUCUAUAAUAUUAACCAUACCAAUAACGUAUGCAUUAUGUUGUGCCUGGAUACCCGAGUCGCCCUACUAUCAUUUGAAAAACGAAAGAAUUGACGCUGCAAGGAAAGAAUUCAUGUUCUUAAAAGGAAGAAAAGAUGAAAAGUGGAUAGACGAGCAGUUGGGAAUAAUGCGUGCCCACGUUAGGGAAAGCAUGGAGAAUAAGACAACGGUUAAGGAAUUGUUGACCAAUAUGAAGUAUAGGAAGGCACUGUAUAUAGUAGCAGGUUUGAAAAUAGUACAAUAUAUGACUGGUGUGUUCGUCAUACAGUCAUAUCUUGAAGUGAUAUUUAGGCAGAGCAGUUCCAUCUCUGGUCCACAUGUCAGCAUUAUCUAUGGAUUCGUGCAAUUUGGAGCUGGUAUAGGCGCCACGUUUCUAAGUCGAUGGUUUGGGCGACGGGUACUCAUGUUGAUAUCAUGCUUGGGCGUAUCUAUGUCCAUGACUGCCAUCGGCCUGUAUUUCUAUUUACAGGAAGCGGUAAAACUUAGCGAAGAAACAAUGAAGUCUUUAUCCCCUUUACCCUUAGUGGGUUUAUUUGGUUUUAACAUAUUAUAUGCAAUGGGCGUUGGUAAUCUACCUUAUGUGAUGCAGGUAGAGCUAUUUCCAGUGAAUGUGAAGGCUGCGGCGUCUAGCUUGGCUACUAUGUUAGCUUGCGUUCUAUGUUUCGCAGUAACAAAGUGUUAUAUGAAUGUGAAAGAGAUAUUCGGGCAUUACACUGUCUUCUGGUCAUUUGCUUUAAUAGGUUACGUUGGUGUGUUAUUUAUAUACUUUUUUGUACCAGAAACUAAGGGUAAAACUUUAGAACAGGUAAUAGAUAAUAUGCAAAAACCUGCCGAGGCACAACCUUUACAGAACAAUUCUGAAGUGAAGAGUUAAUUUGAUUUUAUAUGAGCAGGUAAAUAGAAGAAUAUUGUUCUAUAUAUGUACCGUUAAUACGAAUGAUUGAAUGCGUUUGGUAUUGCAUAUAGUCUGUGAUCUCAGUGCAAAGUUUCAAUAAGCAACCAAUGUGUAUAGACCAAAGAAUUUUUUUUUUACAUAUUUACGAUUCCUUCCUUAUUUAUAUGGCUUUUAAUAUUAGAUACAAUCACAAAUACGUAAUUUUUAAUAACUGAUUAGAGUAAGUAGUAAAUAUAAAAGACCCGAAUGGCACCCGGAAUAAGUAAAUACUAAGUCUCAAUGAUGCGUGUACCUCAACUUGUUUCAAGGCCUACUUUAGUCUUAAACGUCAUUAAAAUGCUGUCACUACUUAGAUUUAAAAUUACAUGGUGAUGAUUUUACUAUAUACUCAUAAUGUUCACAUACUGAAAUCCGGAAACAGAUGCAUUAUGUCAAUUUUCGAAAAUAAUUUAAGAGGAAUCAUUUCAUAUUUUGAAUGAUUCUGAUUGUUUGUUCUAAGAUUUAUGAUGAAAUCAAAUGAUAAACAAAACAAAUUCUGUAUAAAUCUACCAUUACUAAAAAUGCAGCUAUCUACUUAUUUUAAAUGUUUCCAAUUAUAUAAUUUAUUACCCAAAUUCAGUGAUAGUUUCCAAAGAUUUUAUUAUAUAAAAUUUCACAAUAAUUUUUCGAAUUAUUUUGUGUUCAUAAGAUUAAUCUUUUUCUAGAAAGAAUACUAAAUUUUUGUGAUAAUCACGGAAAUUAAUCUUUCAGUUUGAUAUUAUAGUAAAUUAUUAUUAUAAAGAUCAGAAAUUUACAAUAGAAUUCAAUUAGAAAUACCUACAUUUGUCGAUGGUCCGUCAUAUAAAACUUUUUUGUUACAUUACUAAAUUAAAAUUUUAGUUUAGUUUUAAGUUUAGGAUAUGACUAUUCAGAAAUGAUCCCAGUUUAUAAAUGUGUUUAAGAUAGUUGCUAGUAAAUAUUGUCUCGGUAAAUCAAGGUCUACUAGUAUGGGUAAUACACAGUAAUUUUUUUAGAUUUUUUUUUAUCUUCUAAAUUAACAUUAUAAUGGGUUAUGUAUUAUAUUACAAUUUGUCAUUAUAAUGAUAAUAUAUACCAAAAAAGAUGAAUCAGAAAAGAAAAAAAAUUUUUUUUUCAUUAUGUUUACAAAUUAAUUUACCGAUUUUAUUAGUAAACUGAACAUGCAAGUACAUAUAUUUUGCAUUCCAAUUUUUACCCUUAACAGCAUUACGUGUUAAGAUUGGAAGCACCUGUCAAUUUACAGACAAUAUGAUACAACAUUAUCGAUUAUUCACAUCAAUUACUUUCGUGUUGCUAGUAAAAAAAAUAUGCUUUUUAGAACAUGCCAAAAUUUUCAUUUGGCAGGCAACUACUUAAUAUUAGUGUCAUUUUGAUUACUCAGUUGUACUGAAUACAUUACUAUAUUAAAUGUUACAAACUAA